AUGUCUGACGAAUAUUUUUAUGGCGUGACCCUGUCAUCGUCACAUCAGUCUGAGACGUGGGACCCUGAAGCGAAAGCAGAUUACCCUCGAAGCAAUAAACUCCUUAUUCGCACAGCUUUACUUGGUCCUGAUGCUAAGCCAGAUGAACUUAAUGUUGUACAGGUUGAAACAAUGUGUCUACAAGACUCAAUUAAAAUCCCAGUGGCCAUCUUGAAGGUUGGGGAAACAAGACAAGCUCGAUUGGAUAUUGAGUUCCCAGAUGCACCAGUUACAUUUACACUCACACAGGGAUCAGGUCCAGUGCAUUUAAUUGGUCAACACUUACUUGGUGCUUUGGUUGAAGAGUUUGAAGAUAUGGAAGAAAUGGAAGAAGAGAUGCUGGAUGAGGAAGAAGGUGAUGACUCUCAAUUCAAGGAAGAUGAAAAUAAAAGGAAAGCAGCUGGCAAGCGCAAGACGAAUGAGGAUGAAGAUGAUGAAGACGGUCAAGAAGGCCCAAAGAGUAAGAAAUCUAAAAUGGCAAACAAUGCCAAAGGCAAAGCUGCGUCACCUAAGAAAAACGCUAAGAAGUAA